CAGACCACCCUGCCCACUCCAUUUCCCGUCCAAAAUCUCUUCCCGUUCAACGGUUUUUCGUACACACUGCAACGCGCUGCCAGCCUUAUCGCUAAAAUUUGAUGGACUCGACACAGACGGCUUCUGGUCGUCCCCGAAGACGGGCCGUAGAGGCCUGCACAUUCUGUCGAAAGCGCAAGAUUAAAUGCAACAAUGAACAACCAACAUGUGCCAACUGCAAAACUUAUGGGAAAGAUUGUGUCUAUGAACCUCUUUCGGCUCCCGCCUCGACUCAAUCGGUCACUCCUCCGGCGCCAACAAACAGUUCUGACCAACAUCGCCGAAAGCGGCGCAGAACGGCGGAUCCGCCGGUGCCCACAACUAGCGCCGUUUCGGCCCAGCAGCGUGAUGAGUCUAACAAUCGGACCCACAAUGAUAGCGCAAAUGAGGCCCACUCAUCAGAACCGUCACAUCAGGACGGGAUUGAGCCUUCGGUCCACCAGGUUGCCGAUGGGACACGGGGUCCGUUGUCCCAGUCCAAGGCCACCCCGGCCGGCUCCCAACGCCCUGGCGUAUCCCGAAUGGUGGUGUCGGCCAAUGGCGUGUCGAGCUAUCAUGGGCGCACCAGUACUCUGUUUGAGGAGGCAAUUCAGGAGCGUGCCUCCGCCACUGAGUUGAACCAUCGGAUGCCCGAUGAAUGGACCGAGAAGGGACUUGUUGCUGAAGCCGCAAAACAAUCCCAGCUAGAAGAGUUUAACUAUCGUGCUGGGACGUUGGACUUUGACGGUGUGGACCCCGAUCUGGGGAUGCAUCUUCUGUCCCUCCACUGGAACCGGCAGCACCACUCAUUCUGUAUCACGUACCGGCCGGCCUUCAUGCGGGACAUGGCCUGUGCGGGCCCGUACUUCUCCAAGAUCCUUCUCAACGCCAUAUACUUCGGUGCUUCCAAGUUCAGCCCACGCCGCGAGGUCCGCCGCGACCACGACGAUGUACGCACCGCUGGCUGGCAGUUCCGAGAGCGUGUACGCAACCUGCUGGGUGGCGCCCUCGACCGCAGCGAGAUCACAACAAUCCAGGCUCUGCUCGUCAUGACAAACUCCCUCUUUGCGCUGGGCGACGAGAGGAGCGCCGCAUGGCUUUACGCGGGCUUGGCUUUUCGGAUGAUCAUCGAUCUGGGUAUGCAUGUGGACGCCCCCGAUCUGGGGAGCCCUCGCAAGUUCUCAGAUGAAGAUGUGGAGAUUAGGAGGAGGGUCUUCUGGGGUGCAUUCGUGGUUGAUAAGAUCCAGAGUCUAUACCAAGGUCGUCCCGCUACUCUCAGGGAAUCUGAUACAGCUGUGCCUAUCAAAUUCCUAGAUACAUACGAGGAGCUGCAAAACUGGCAACCUUUUGCCUACUCCAUGCAAAAUAAGAAAUACAGUGGUAGCCCAGCCUACAGUGUGUCAACCUUUACAUCCUUGUGUCAUUUGUCAGUCGUCAUGAGCGACAUCCUUAGCUGCAUCUACACCGAACGAACAUUUGACCAAAGCGCUGUCGAGCUGUGUGCCACUCUCGAAAGCCUCAACUCGAAAUUGGUAGCCUGGAAGAAGUCUCUACCAAAACAUCUCGAUUUUGAUCCGAUCAAGUCCACACAGGUCCCUCCUCCACACGUCCUCAGUCUACAUGCCAUGUAUCAUGUCCUCACAAUCCUUCUCCACCGCCCCUUUGUUGCUGACGGCCACCUCUACAACACCUCCCGCUCGAUUUCCGUCAACUCUUUCAUAAUAUGUGCAUCUGCAGCCGAUAGCAUAGCUGCCCUGCUUCGAGCGUACGAUCGGGCAUUCUCAGUGCGUCACGCGCCGUAUCUCAUCUCGUACGCGACGUAUGUUGCCGCCACCAUUCAUGUGCGCAUCGCGGCGAAGCGCAGCACGGACUCGGAGGCUCGUGAAAACCUGGAAACUUGCUUGGGCGUUUUUAGGGAUAACUCAAAGACGAACUGGGCAGUCAGGCGGGCCAAGGCCAUCGUGGAAAGCCUGAUCAAGCGGCUCGGAGUCAAUCUCACUGAUCCUGGGGGCGAGUCCAGUGGUGCCUCGCGAAAUCAACGCCGUUCAAGUCUGGCAGGCCCUGAGAGUUCAAGAUCACAGGUGACAGUCAACUCUAGAAGCCAAGGCGAGACGGUCCAGCAACUCCGGCAGCAUGGCCAUCAACGGUUGAACUUUUCUGAAGACGCAUCUCCGUCGACGGGCUGGUCGGAUAUUGACGGCAUAAUCCAAAGUUUUGUCCGAGGUCAGGAAAACAAUGUUGAAGAUGCAACGACAGGCCGACUGGGGGUGGUCGAGGACCAGCAGAUGCAAUAUAGAACACCGACGGCUGCGACGACGGGAGGGGUGAUGGGCUUUAGUGGAACGGAGCAAAGCUCUUCUGCAGAUGCGCGGCAAGGCAUCGAUGGACACUCGGCCACCUGGGUGGGAUUAUUUCCCGAUGGAGCAGCCUCUGGAGCCGCAACUUCUUUCGAUGAUCUACUUUUUGGCUUCAACGGGUCCGCAUUGGACAGUUCCUAUGUCUAG